CGCUCUCCAAGGCCGCCGCUGCUCGCCCAGCUCCUUCCUCCUCGCCCUGCACGCCGCACAAGCUCGAAGAUGGCGGCCCACCAUCUCCUCGCCCGGCUGCACCGCUGCCUUUUGCCCGCCGCUUCCCGAUGGGGGUCCGGGCGCAGGGCGGUGCCGCUCGGUCUCGGGGUGCAAGCGAAGACUUGUGGCUGCUAUUUUUCAACCAGUUCCUGUCACAAUACCCAAUUUUAUACUGAUCCAGUAGAAGCAGUAAAAGACAUACCCAACGGGUCCACUCUCCUUGUUGGUGGUUUUGGGCUCUGUGGCAUUCCGGAAAACCUCAUAGGAGCUCUGUUGAAGACUGGAGUAAAAGGGAUUACCGCUGUCAGUAACAACGCAGGAGUAGACAACUUUGGGCUUGGACUUCUGCUUCAAAGCAAACAGAUCAAGCGUAUGGUGUCAUCCUAUGUUGGAGAAAAUGCAGAAUUUGAGCGGCAGUAUUUAUCUGGCGAACUGGAAGUUGAGCUUACGCCGCAGGGCACCCUUGCUGAGCGGAUCCGAGCAGGAGGAGCUGGCAUCCCGGCUUUCUUCACAAGUACUGGGUAUGGGACAUUAGUGCAAGAAGGAGGGGCCCCGAUCAAAUACAACAAGGAUGGCACCAUUGUCCUGGCCAGUGAGCCAAGAGAGGUGAGGGAAUUUGAUGGUCGGAACUACAUUAUGGAGAAAUCGAUAACGGGAGAUUUUGCACUAGUAAAGGCAUGGAAGUCUGAUCGUGCUGGAAAUAUUAUCUUCAGGAAAACUGCAAGAAAUUUCAAUCAGCCUAUGUGUAAAGCUGCCAGAACAACAGUGGUAGAGGUAGAAGAAAUUGUUGAUGUCGGAUCAUUUGCCCCUGAAGAUAUCCAUGUCCCCAAAAUCUACGUCCAUCGUCUCAUCAAAGGGGAAAAGUAUGAAAAAAGAAUUGAGAGAUUAUCACUUCGCAAAGCUGAGGACACCCAAAGCAAACAGAAGAAAAGUGGUGAUAAUGUAAGAGAAAGGAUUAUCAGGCGGGCAGCUCUUGAAUUUGAAGAUGGCAUGUAUGCUAACUUGGGUAUUGGCAUUCCCCUGCUUGCCAGCAACUUCAUCAGUCCGGAUAUCACAGUGCAUCUACAGAGUGAAAAUGGAGUCCUUGGUUUGGGACCCUAUCCAACUGAAAAUGAAGUUGACCCUGACCUCAUCAAUGCAGGUAAAGAAACAGUCACUGUAUUACCAGGUGCUUCGUACUUCUCUAGCGAUGAAUCUUUUGCAAUGAUUCGAGGAGGACAUGUUGAUCUGACUAUGCUUGGGGCAAUGCAGGUAUCUAAAUACGGUGAUUUAGCCAACUGGAUGAUUCCUGGAAAGAUGGUGAAAGGGAUGGGUGGUGCCAUGGAUUUGGUGUCCAGCUCAAGAACUAAAGUAGUAGUGACUAUGGAGCACUCAGCAAAGGGCAAUACCCACAAAAUACUGGAAAAAUGCACUUUGCCAAUUACAGGGAAAGUGUGUGUGAAUCGCAUCAUAACAGAAAAGGCUGUAUUUGAUGUCGAUAAGAAACAAGGACUGACGCUGAUCGAAAUCUGGGACGGCAUGUCUGUAGAUGAGAUUAAAAAAUGCACUGGUGCUGACUUUGCUGUGUCACCAAACCUCACACCAAUGAAACAGAUUUGAACCUGAAAUGUAGACUGGUCCUUUCCUCCAUGCUUCCAGGGAAGGGGAAAUCAAAUGUCUGUUUUUGCAUUUAUGCAUUAUUAAGAAGUCUUUGUAAAGUAGUUUUUGUUUAACUAGUUACCAUCAAGCUGACUUGUAAGCAUUUAUUCGUAUGCAACAAUACAGUACAGCUUCCAAAUUUAAAAUUUCGUUUGGUACUUAGAUAUUUUUAAUUAAAGUAUUGCAGGUUUGACAGUUUAUAACAGUAGCAGAGGAAACGGCUCAGUUGAGGUGAUCAUCUCUUGGCUUCUUAAGCUGAAAUAUGCACAGACUUUUCCCUACGCAUAGAACUGCUUUGUAUAACUGCAGUUAGGUUAUACAGUAGUUACCAACUUCAGAACAAGCCAGCCAUUUUCAAUGCCUCUGAACGUGUCCAGGGCCAUAUAUGACUCCUUUUGAGCUAAGGCUACUUUUACAUGCCGAAGAACAAUUUGAAGUGCCUGUACAUUAGCUACUACUACUACUACUACACACACAUUCACACAGAGAGAGACACACACAGACAUAGACAUGAACACAAAGAGGCACAUAUUGUUUACCUAAAACUUGUGAAUCACCAGAACUUUGGUGGAUAUUUGGAUGUUAUAUUUUCAGGAUUGCAUAGCUAAAAAGCUACAUAUAGGCUGUUUAUAUUCUCUGAUGAAAAAGCAAGCAUUUUUAAAUCUUCAAGUUACCAAUCCUGCGAAACACAAAAAUGGGUUUUGAUGGCUGGAGUGUAUAUUUGUUUGUUGAGAUCUCAGAACCCCGAAAGACUUGGAAAACUUGUUUCCAAGAUUUGCAGUAAUAUGUGGCUUCUGUUCUGUGGAACUUACAAGCACUUCCUGAUGGGCUAUUCCAAUAGCACUUACUUGCUGAAAGCAUGAAUAUAUACAUUAGUAAUUAAAUGUCUGGCAGGAUAAAAGAUGCAAAAUAAAUUGGGGAGAAAAUUGCCUAAUUUGCAGGAAUAAUACUGGCUGCAACAUCUGACAGUCCUUUUGUUUGGAUUGAUUUGGCACAGGAUUCUGUUUAUUUAACUGCCUAAUACGCACAGCCCUGAAUUGCGUAGGAAAUGUACAGUGAAUUGUCCAGCUUGCACAUAGCAGACGUUGUGUUGCAAUGGAACUUUGAUGGUCAUGGUGCUGUUAGGAUAACUUCCUUCUUCUUACCAACCUUAUUAUGUUUAUGCCCUUGCACAUAUUCAUACAUCUAAUGUGUGAAUAAUAACACAAUCAAUUGUUCACAUAGAUUUUUAAUCACAUCAAUAUAUGUGCCAUUUGGAAUUUGACUUUUUCCUGUAUAUUUUCAAAUAGAAAAUAACAUCUACUUUUUGAGACAUUUCGAAAAUAACUUUUCCCAGGUCAAAGCUUCUUUCCUCAUUUCGUUUUUUCCUACCUAAUCACUGUCUGCAGGAGCAUUAAAACUUGGGCAGAUCAGUGGCAUUCCAGAUCACACUGAGAUGUGCCCUUACCUUUUUAUGUGACAGGGCAAGUGAAUCAGGGUGGUUUUUCAGUAACCAGUGCCUACCUGGGUGGGCAAUCAGUUGUACAUCUUUUUUUCCUUUCCAAGAAGCCCUUCUAACCUGAAAUACAGAAAUUAAGGGGCAACAUCUAAGCAAAGAUUUUGGAAAGUGGGAACUGAACUUUUUCAUUUCUGUGUGAUGUAGGAAGCUUUGGGUGCCUGCAUAUGGGCUAGUGAGCAGCUAGCGUUAUUUGUUACCCAAGGGGGCAAUGGGCAUUUUGCAGCAGGAGGAGACAGUGUUUAGGGGGAAAACAUGACGGAUGCUGAAAGGUAUUAAGAAUAUUCAACCUCUUCCACCUGAACCCAGAGAUCAUUACGAAACCAAUAGAAAGUAGCUUGAGGGCAGGUUCAAAGGAAGCAAUCUGUGCACAAAGAAUAAUUAACAUGUGGACACUGCCACAGGAUAGAGGUGGCUUUUGGCAUAGUUGGACGUAAGUAGAGAGAAGAGAAGUUCAUGGAUAACUGGAUAGAUGGUUUCAGCUCCUAAUGGCACCAGUAGAAAUGAGUAAUUUGCAGAUGGUUGUGAAGCUGUUACUGUCCAAGCCAUCUGGAAGUUAGGGAAAGAUGCAUGUAACAGAUAACAUGUGAGAGUUCAUCCUUAGUCUGGUCCAUCAAGGGUCAGUUUAUCCAGAGACCCUUUCUGAUUGUACACCAGGACUUCUGCCCUUAAGUGGAAUUUUUUUGUUUUUGGCCCUGCCCUGCCCCGCUUUGUGUUUUGUCAAAUGUUUCAUUCUGCCCAUUGAUAAGGAAUAAAAGUGAGCUGACUAAAGAAGGUACUGUAUACUGUAUGUCUGAUCUUUUCUAUGUAACUUUCAAAACAAUAAAACAAAGUGUAUAAUG